AUGCCACCACUACACCCACAAAUACAUGCUCCGUUAGCUUUACCACCACAACUACCACAAUUACAGCACAAUGGCAAUUGGAUCUUUGGAUCUCAACCAUUUUAUCCACAUCAACCAUUAUUUACAAUUCCCUACAAUUCUUAUCAACAAUUAUCUCAUAUUUCUUUACAGCCUUCAACAUCUAAUCUGUAUAUUUCUUUUACCUUACCUAGUAUGAAAGAAUUUUUGCGAGAAGUAGACGAAAAGGAAGAAACCGGACAAUACUAUCAAGAUUUUUUGGAAAAGUUUAAAAUGCAAAGGGUUUUAGUGAAACACUUAUCUGAAUUAAUAGAUGAAGAAUUUGAAAAAUGUGGAAUAGAUACUGUUGGUGCGCGGAAAACUCUACGCGAAUAUGCAAGAAGGUAUCAACAAGAAAAUUGA